CUUCACGAACAGCUGUUUUCUGUUAUGUAUUUUUCAUUCUAGCUAAUUCUUAAUUUAAUUUUGAGCCAAUUUUGCAGCGAAGGCGAACAAUUGGGAAAACUUAAUAAAUAUGAAAUUCCGCUUCUGUGGCGACGGCGACUGUCCCGACUGGGUAUUAGCGGAAAUUAUCUCCACGCUUUCGUUGCUAAGCGCUAAGAACUUAGAAGCACUUGCUGAGCUGGUUGCCAAGAGAAUUGUUGGUCAGCAGUUCGAGGAGGGCGUCAUUAAAUCGUUAACGGCCGGCAUAUCCACCGAUGGCAAAUCAGCAGUCGCCUGCAUACAUUUCUUGCUUAUCAAUGCGUCGCGUCAUGCUGUUAGCGAGUCAGUGUUCAGCGAAGAGAUUCAACAGCUGGGCCUGCCAAAGGAACACGCCGCAUCUAUGUGUCGCGUGUUGGCCACCAAUGUCACAGCUAUACGUCAGCGGCUGAGAGAUAAAGCAUUUAGAAUAAACGAACUGUCCUCUAUACGCUACAUCCCACCCACGGCAGAUAAGCAAGAUAACACCGUUGGUUGUGCUAAAUUCGAAUUGAAAAUCUCACAGGAGCUAAUCGAUGGUUUGCCACAGGAUACUACACAUGUGCUUAAUAUUGAGCGUCCUAAUGUGCAGUCGCUGUUGGAGGAAUUGAAAGAGGUGCGCUCUACAUUACAGCAAUAUUGUUGGCGGCAGAAAGACAAGAUGGAUGUGUAGAGCUGAAGAAAAUAUAUUACGGACAUUUAUUCACAAGGUAUUAAAUUAAAAGUGCUUAAUCCAUUGCACGCAGAAUUGCUUUUCUAUUUAAUUAAGUUAAACACGUAUUUAUGGAGAUUCAUAUGACUCAAUUUAAACAUAAAACUAUUAUUAUUAAUAUAUUAUUAUUUUGUAUACAAAAGCUUUUUAACGGAGACGGCUAAAGUUAUUAGCCUGUUGAUCUAUAUAAAAAGAAGAAAGUCUAAACUUCUAAGAAGAAAGAAAAUCUUUAUCUACACCAGAAAGAGAAUUUUCAUAAGUUCCAAAUAAUAAUUUAUAGCAAUAGAGUCCAAAAGCGGCAAGAAAACUCUUCUCACCGAUAAUUGGCUUCUCUAUGUUACAGUAAUUUGGGGGCGUUACUUUUACACAAAAAGAUUUCUCAUACAAACGUCUUUCUGACUUCAAAUAAACGACUCCGGUCUUGUGU